AUAUUUCAACGAAAAUAUUCUUGUAUGAAACAGCGGCUGCUAAAGAGCCUGCUCAUUGUAGUUUAGGGCAAACUGUGUUAAAUUUGUCCGAACGUUUUGGGGGAAGCCAGAAAGCACAGGCCGAAGAAACCCAACAAAUAGGAUGGGGAGACACAGGAAGAAGAACGGUUAUUCGAGUCAGACGACAUCCUCGCGUGACAAUACAGAGCCAAAAACUAUAGUGUCGCCAGAGGGAAAAACAAAAGCCCUAGCCUCGUCCUUCGACGCUGAGGUGCGCCCCCUGAUAGACCUGGUCGACAAACUACGUGGGUAUGGUCUGGACAGAGACAUCAACCUUCCAGCCGUCGCCGUCAUCGGGGACCAGAGUGCCGGCAAGAGCUCUGUUCUUGAAGCAAUCUCUGGCGUUCAACUUCCAAGAGGAACGGGUAUUGUGACAAGGUGCCCGUUGGAGAUGCGGAUGAAGCACUCAGAGGAUGAGGACAAGUGGGAGGGAAAGAUAAUGUAUAAGGACAAGCAUGAUAUGCCCCACGAGGAAGUCAUCCUGAACAGAGAGAGUGUUGGAGACCUUGUGCGGAAAGCACAAACGGAAAUGACAGAUGGUGCCACGGGAAUUAGUGAUGAACUCAUUACCCUGGAAGUGACGUCAUCAGAUGUCCCUGACCUUACCGUCAUAGACCUGCCAGGUAUCGCAAGAAACGCUGUCGAGGGUCAGCCGUUUGAUAUCGAAGCGAGGAUUAAGAAUAUGAUCCGUCAAUAUAUUGAACGCCAGGAGACCAUCAUCCUUGCUGUUCUACAGUGUAAUGUGGAUAUUGCCACGUGUGAAGCGCUCAAAAUGGCAAAGGAAUUUGAUGACGAAGGUGGAAGAACUUUGGGGGUUCUAACUAAGCCGGACUUGCUGGACAAGGGAGCCGAGACCAGUGUGAUUAGGAUCCUGAACAACAUGGAGUUCACACUGUCCAAGGGCUACGUCAUUGUCAAGUGUCGAGGUCAGGAGGCUAUAUCGGAAGGCCAGUCUUUGAAACAUGCACUGGAUGUAGAAGAAGAUUUCUUCAGAAGUCACAGACAUUUCAGCGCUUUGCGACCUUCUCAGUGGGGCAUCCCCAACCUAUCCGAGCGGCUGUCACGUGAGCUGAAGAAACACAUCAAGAAAUUGUUACCGGAACUGAAGGAGGAUGUGCGCCGCAAACUCCUUGAGACAGAGAAGCAGUUGCAUGAUCUCGGAGAAGAUCCUCCACAAACAGCCUCAGAGAAGCGUCAGAUGGCUCUGCAGAUGGUUACCGAGUUUAUCAACAUAGUCACUGCCUUGACGACUGGACAACGCUGUGAUGACACCAAGUUUCCACCAAUAAUUAACAAUCUCUAUAGCGAUGCUAGACGGUCUUUCACAGAGCUUAUCAAAACCGCAGAAGAGAGACAACCGGAUACCAAAAAUCACAAAUUGAGGACCGACCUUCAAAAGAGGAUGGAAGCUUCCCGAGGUCGGGAGUUUUGUAAUUUUCUGGGCAAAUUUGAGCUGGUGGAAAGUUGUGCUCGGGAAUACAUCUCCAAACUGGAAGCACCUGCACUUCAAUGCUUCAGAGACGUCCACAGUGGGACGACCGAAAUCCUGAAGAUUGUAGCUGAAAAAUGUUUCGAGAAAUUUCCAGAUUUUGCACAGAGCUAAGGACGUUAUAAUGAAGACACGGAAAGAGACCAACAGUGAGUGCAAAGACGAAAUACAGAGGUAUUUCGAGAUGGAGAAUCUUGUGUACUCGCAGGACAAAACCUAU